AUGACAGGAGACAGUCAGAUGACGGCAAGGUGCGCUUACAACCCUAAAGUGAUCAACAUCUUCAAGGAGAUGAAGACAAGGAGUUACAACCCUCAAUCUCGCGAGUGGAGUUUUCAUGUCUCCGAGCACGAUGAGCUUGUCAGCAGUCUGAGCAAGUGCAGCAAUGUAAGUGUGAAGCCGCUGCCUGCGACCUUCCUCAAGGCCCUCAGAGAGCUUGAGAGUCAGAGCUCUGCCGUGAGCUCUGAGAUGGUCUCCCUCGAGCAUAUCUGGCAAGCUCUGCCUCCUGACUUGCUCGCCGGGCUUCUGCCGUUUCAGCGCGAGGGGAUCGCGUUCGCCAUCCGGCAUGGGGGUCGGGCGCUGAUAGGGGACGAGAUGGGAUUGGGCAAGACCGUACAAGCCAUCGCCAUCGCCAAGUACUACGAGAAAGAAUGGCCGCUGCUGAUCGUGACCCCAUCCCCUCUCAGACUCGUGUGGAAGCAGGAGCUCAUGAAAUGGCUCAAGGACGUCGAUCACGAAGACGUGAAUGUCAUCAUGUCAGGAAAAGAUCAGAUGGGCGGUAAGAUUACCAUCAUCUCAUACGAUCUCUUCCUUAAAUUCACGGAGGAGCUCUCGAAGAUGAGUAUUAAUGUGCUCAUAGCUGACGAGAGUCACUUCCUCAAGUCGUCCUCCGCAAAGCGCACCAAGGCGAUUCUUCCUCUGAUCCGCAAGGUGAGGAGAGCAAUCCUCCUCACGGGCACGCCAGCUCUCUCCCGCCCCUCCGAGCUCUACACGCAAAUCUCUUCCUUGCGCCCGAAGCUCUUUGGCAGUUGGAACGAGUUUGCCUAUCGCUACUGCGACGCGAAGCCUGGCCGGUGGGCCCUCGACGCCUCGGGAGCCUCCAACCUGUCGGAGCUCCGGUGCCUCCUCAACGACGUGAUGAUCCGACGCCUCAAGUCAGAGGUUCUCACCCAGCUGCCCAGCAAGCGGCGGCAGCAGAUCUGGGUGCAGACGUCCAAGGAGGCGAACGCUGCGUUCAAGAAGAAGCUGGAGGAGAUGCAGAGCCUGAACGCAAUCGUUAUGAACAACCGAGCGGCACCCGAGGAGAGGAAGAACGCCAAGGGGCUGGCACAGCUGCUCAUGAAUCAGCUGUACAAGGAGACGGGAGCAGAGAAGCUGGCGGCAGUGAAGGAGUACCUCGCGACCAUGGUUGAUGGAGGAGGCAAGUUCCUGGUGUUCGGGCAUCACAUCGAGGACGAAGAGCAUCCGCAUCGACGGAGCACGAGCAUGAGCGAGCGAGCGAGGCUGGUCGACGCGUUCCAGAAGGACCCUGACAUAAGCGCUGCUGUGCUGUCGGUGACAGCGGCGGGGACCGGGCUGACUUUCACGGCAGCCAACGCAGUGGUGUUUGCGGAGCUUCAUUGGACUCCAGGAGUGAUGAUGCAGGCUGAGGAUCGAGUGCACAGGAUAGGACAGCAGUACUCAGUGAACAUCCACUACAUGCUUGCAAAGGGAAGCGUUGAUGAUAUCAUGUGGCCGUGCAUCGAAAAAAAACUCAACGUUGUCGGGAACGCGCUGGACGGGCAGGGCGUCGGGAACUUCGGGGGCGAAAGCAUCACUCUCGGUGAGGGAGAGGAGGGGGGAAGGAGCUGA